UAUAAAUGAAAAUCACAGGAAUGAUAUACAUAUCAGAAUCUUUCCAACUUACAGACUACAAAGAGAGGAACACAGAACGCAGAAGAUGUGUUGUUUAAGAUUAUUCUUAUCCUUGUUCUUCUUUCUCAUACUGAUACACCCUGCUACUCGCACCGUUGCUCAGCACUGCAAUAAUAAAAACGGUAACUACACCAGUAACAGUACCUACGGGGGAAACCUCAAAAGCGUCCUGGCCUCCAUGUCUUCCAACACCGAAAUUCAUUACGGAUUUUACAAUUUCUCCGCCGGAGAAUACCCUGACAAAGUAAACGCGAUUGCACUUUGUAGAGGAGACAUUUCGCCGGAAGAAUGCCGUAGUUGUGUCAACACAGCAAGUCACGAUCUUUUAAAGAGUUGUCCCAACCAGAAGGAGGCAAUCAAGUGGCCCGAUAAAUGUAUGCUACGAUACUCAAACAGAGAUAUAUUUGGCGUAAUGGAAUCUCGGCCUUUACUUGCCUAUUACAACACCGGAAACGUCUCAGACGUAGAAGGGUUCAACCGGGUGCUAACACCCUUGUUAAAAAGACUAAGAAACAGCGCCGCAUCAGGAAAUUCUACUCGCAAGUUUGCUCUGGGAAGCGAUUAUGCUCCUAACUUCCAAACGAUACAUGCACUUGUGGAGUGCACUCCUGAUUUGGACCAGACGGAUUGCAACAACUGCCUGUUGGCGGCUGAGAAAAUAAUUCCACAAUGUUGUAAUGGAAAGCAGGGAGGGAAAUAUGUGACACCCAGCUGUGAUUUAAGGUAUGAGAUAUACAGUUUCUAUGACCCUACAGCUGAGGCACCGACGCAACCGCCAGUGCUACCAGUAUCCCCCACACCGGUACUACUGCCUCCACCUACACAAGGAAAGAAAAGUAACCCAUCUCCAUCUGCAAUUGUUAUAGUCAUGCCAAUUGUUGUUUCUGUUGUACUAAUCAUCUGCAUCGGCAUCUGCUACUUCUAUUUAGGAGUGAGGAAGCCAUGGAAGAAAGUUGAAAUAAUUGUUUCAGAUGAAGCAGAUGAUGAAAUUAGUAGUGUUGAAUCGCUGCAAUUUGACUUUGGCACAAUUAAAGUUGCUACAGAGAACUUUUCAAAUGCAAAUAAACUUGGACAAGGUGGAUUUGGCGCUGUUUACAAGGGUAGACUCCCAAAUGGACAAGAAAUAGCUGUAAAGAGGUUGCUCAAACCUUCUGGCCAAGGAAAUCUUGAAUUUAAGAAUGAAGUUGUGUUAGUGGCUAGGCUUCAACAUCGGAAUUUGGUAAGGCUCAUAGGAUUCUGCUUGGAAGGAAAUGAAAGGCUUCUAAUCUAUGAGUUUUUGCCAAAUUCAAGCCUCGAUAAAUUCAUAUUUGAUCCAAUCAAGCGUGCAAUUCUGGAUUGGGAAAGACGCUAUAAAAUUAUAGGAGGCAUUGUUCGAGGAAUUCAUUACCUUCACGAAGAUUCUCAACUUCGUAUUAUUCAUCGUGAUCUAAAAGCUGGAAAUAUUUUAUUAGAUGCAGAUAUGAAUCCUAAAAUUUCAGAUUUCGGCACAGCAAGAUUGUUUGUGCUAGAUCAAACUCAAGGCAAUACGGAGAAAGUAAUGGGGACCUAUGGAUAUAUGCCCCCAGAAUAUGUAAUGCACGGACGCUUUUCAUUAAAAACCGAUGUGUUUAGUUUUGGUGUUUUAGUUCUGGAGAUAGUGAGUGGGACAAAAAUUAGUUCUUUUCGAAAGGGAGAGAGUGAAGAAGGCCUUAUCAGCUAUGCAUGGAAAAAUUGGAGGGAAGGGACACCUUUAAAUCUCGUAGAUCCCACAUUGAGGGCCAGUUCAACAACAGAAAUAUUGAGAUGCAUCCACAUUGGGUUAUUAUGUGUUCAAGAAAAUGUGGCCGAUAGACCAACAAUGGCUUCGAUCCUUCUAAUGCUUAAUGACAACUCUAUCACUCUUUCAGUACCAAAAAAACCUGCAUUUCUUAUGGACAAAAGCACUAUAUCAGACAUGUCAUCUCGAAGGGAGCAAAAUACUAGGGCAAUACGGUCUGAUCAAUCAAGAAGCAGAUUUGUUGAAGCCUCAACAAAUGAGGCUUCAAUUACUGAGCUAUAUCCUCGCUAAAAUAUACCUUAAGUUUUAUAUUUUAGAAGAUAAAAUAUUUUGUUAUUAAUGAUAUAUUGCGUAAUUUCUUUCAUUCAAUUUCAACUUCAUGACAAUGGUGAUUCAUUUUGUUGUGGGAAAUAUGUUAAGACAUGAUUAAACUAAAAGCCCUCUAGGUACAUGUUCUAGGGGAGGAGUGGUUCAUAUGUGUUAUGAUUCUAAGUGUCACACACAUUGAUUUAAGUGUAAUUUUAACAAUUUGUAUAUAAGUUUUUAUGCACCCUCAUUUACUAGAA